GUCCUUGGAGUGUCGCCCCCUCUCCUUAAGAUCCUCCCUGGACUUUUCCUGCCGCAGUCCGUGUUGUCCUGACUCUGACGCCUCGAUGACCAUUGUCUGUGCAGGGUACGUCGCUCCCAUCGCAGUCGCAGUGUGCCCCGCCUGGUCCCAAGAUAGUCCGCUCCACGAGGCAGGCCUGCAUCCCAUCUCACAUUCACCGCCCAGUUCACGCCUCUCGUGGCUCGAUGGCAACUUCCGUGCUGACCCUGGCGAAGCUCCCGGACGACGUGAUCGUGAUGGUGCUGCAGUACCUGCCGGUAGAGUACGUCCUCGCUUGCCGCCUCGUGUGCAAGCGGCUCUGCGACCUGGCUUUCCACUGGGACGUCUGGCGCCACCGAUCGCUCAAGGACGACGACUACUACGCGGGCGCAGUGCUGCACCUGGCCCCGUGCCUCGACACGCUGACAGUCACGGGCCUAGUCCCGACCUUGGCCGUGACCACGACCAGUUGCGCCGUGGCGAGUUUGGAACUGCUUUUGGAUUACGCGUCGGCCACCACUGCCGUAGAGUACGCGUUGGCCUUGCGGAACCAGGAGUCCCUCGGGCGCCUCAGGAAACUUUAUCUUGACGGGCUGGAAUACUAUUCGACGCCUGGAAAAGACGUGCUGGUGAGGACGGUAGCGAAGUGUUCUAACCUUGAGUCGCUCGAAGUCAACGGCGACCUGCCCCUUGUCAGCCACCCCGUCGUUAACGGCCCGCCCAAGCCCUCGCUCACUAAUUUUCGGUGCGCGGUCAAUGAGAACUCAGCAUCCUUUGUGAACACCAUUCUGGCUGCGCACGCGGCAACCUUGGAGCAC